AAAAAUCAUCGGAGUUUUCACACACAUACUACACUUCCCACUGCGUGUGUUCUUCCAAUCGAUGUCGUUCGUCCUUAACCUAUCUAAUCCAUCGAAAAACCAGACCUCUACCUCUUCGAUUCAGAGAAUUCUCAUCUAAUUGGCAGAAAUUAAUCAACCCAACAAGUGCGAGAAUUGUGAAGAUAGCGAUCGCGAAUAGAGGCAAAAUUGCGUGCAGGAUCGAACUGCCAAGAGGUUGGGGAUUCGAACCGUAGUUGUUUACAGUGUUGCAGAUGAGAGCAGCUUGCAUGUCUAGUCGUCUGAUGAAUCUGUUUCGCAUUGGAACCCCCGCCGGCUCGGCUCGGCUACUUGAGCGCUCCCUCCAUUAUCGAAGCCGCUUCCAGGACCCGCGCUCAGGUUUUGAGCACGAUGUGGCCCACCGUAUCGGUUUUGAGCACGAUGCGUCCACUACACGUAAGAAGGUGUUGGAUGCCCUAUCGCCGUUAUUCUUAGGUGUCGAUGAUGAUAAGAUCACCGUCGCUAAAGCCGUUUGCAAUAGCCCAACCGACCUCGACAUAUUUUUCGAAUUAAAUGAGUCCGAAAAGGGGGUUAUGGUUCGAAUGAUCCUCGAAGGUCUUUACUUCGGAUAGGUAGACUACCAUCCACUCACAAGGCGACGAAGAAAUUUUCCGUAUUCGGACUCCAUCUUGCGGCGUUAUUUGCAUUGAAGACAUUUUAUUUCUUCUUUAAUUUAAUUUUGUGGUGGACAUUAUAGUUGUCCAUUUGUGUGUCACAAAUAUAAAUUUUCUGUAAUAUGGCAGAUUAUAUUUCGUAAAUUUUCUACAAGUAUUUAGUGAAGUUUCUGUUAGUGUGGAGCUAAAAUGUCUAAUAUGGAUUCCAAAAAAAUCUGUUAUUUUGGAGCUACUGCUCCAUUUUAUUAGCUUCAUAUUUUGUAGAAACUAGAAGAUAUGAUAAUGACAUCUAACUGUUAUAUUAA